AUGUCCAACGGGAAGCAGAGCCAGGGGGUUGGUGGCCCCAACGAUGACGACGACUCCGUUGCUUUCGCCGAGACGGCGGCCCAGAUGCGUCUCAACAUCGUCAUCCUCUUCAUGGGUUCGCGCGGCGACCUCCAGCCUUCGCUAGCGAUCGCCACGCUGCUCCAGCGGCGCCACGGCCACUGCGUGCGCAUCGCGAGCCACCCGCCGUACCGGGCCGCCGUCGAGGCCGCGGGCGUCGGGUUCUACUCGAUCGGCAAGACAGAUAUCAAGACCAUGAUGGAGAGGCGGCUGCUGCCGCGCGAGGAGCUGAAUAAGCUCGUGCCGACGAUCAGGGCCGACUUCCGGGAGAUGGGCGAGAGGUGGUGGGGGGCCUGCGUCGGCGACCCGGACCCCGAUGGCAAAGAAGGCGAGGGGGAUGCGUUCAUAGCGGACUUGGUCAUGUCAACGAUGCACGUCUACAACCAAACGUCGGUGGCGGCGAGGCUGGGGGUGCCGCUGCACCUCUUCGGUAUGAACCCGAGGAUCUACUCCAAGGAGAUCCCUCAUUCGCAGGCGGGCUGGGCGCUGAAGAAGCCGAGCCGUGCGAAGAACGUCAUUUCGUGGUGGUUUACGGAUGUGAUAUUCCUCCAGGCGAUGAAGUCCGUCGUCAACGACGUCCGGGUCAACGUCAUGGGCCUCGAGGCCAUGUCCCCCGCCUGGUGGCUGAGCCAGUACAACCGGAUGGGCGUCCCCUGCACGUACCUCUGGUCGCCGCGCCUGCUGCCGAAGCCGACGGACUGGCCUGACAACGUGCACAUAUCGGGAUUCGUAUUCGACCGCGCGCCCGGGUACGCGCCACCCGAGGCGCUGGCACGGUUCCUGGCGGCCGAGGAGACACCGCCGGUGUACAUCGGCUUCGGGAGCAUGUCGUUCGCGAACGCACCGGGGGUGUUUGUGGAGGUCUUCGAGGCGGUGGCGCGAACGGGCGUCCGGGCCGUCGUAUGCAAGGGGUGGGCGAACCUGGACGUGGACGAGGCGGGGCGGGGGCUAGAGCACGUCUGCAUCGUCGACGAGGCGCCGCACGCGUGGCUGUUCCCGCGGGUCCGGGCCAUCGUGUGUCACGGCGGCAGCGGCACCACGGCGAUGGCGCUGCGGAGCGGGCGGCCGACGCUCGUGGUACCCGUUGCCGGAGACCAGCCGUUCUGGGCGGCGCGGGUCCGCGCCGCCGGGUGCGGGCCCGAGUCCGGGUUCGGGAUCGCGGAGAUGACGGGGGAGAAGUUUGAGGAGCGGCUGAGGGAGCUGCUGAAGCCCGAGUACGCCGCCGCGGCGGAGCGGUUCGCGGAGGGGCUGGAGGGGGAGAGGCCCGGUGAGGAGGUCUGCGUCGAGCAGAUCGUGGAGACGUUGGGGGUGUACGAGAGGGAGGGAAGAUGCGCCGUCUACGAUGGACGGCCCGCGGUCUGGAGAACGCCAGGCGGGCAGCAGCUGUCCGCUGUCGCGGCGCAUGUUCUCGUCGAAAACGGGAGGGUGAGAGGGGAAGCUCUGAGGACAUUGAACCUCGUCAAGUGGCCCGACCUGGUCAGUCCUGGGGACCCGGUCACGGGGCUGGUUCUGGGGAUUGGGCAAGCGUUUGGGAGUGUUGUGGAGGAUGCGAAGGGAGGGCACUGGGGAAAGCUGGGACUUCACAUACUGAGAGCUCCCCUGACGAUCCUCGCCCUCGUGGCGUUCGGCCUCUUCAACCUCCUCGACUUCACCUUGUACAAGCUCGCAUCACCGUGCGAGCCGAAACUCUACGCGAGCAAUCUGCGGACCUACACAUACGCGCAGAUGCUCGGCUUCCUCGCCGCCGCGCCCCUGCUCGAGCUCGCGUCGGCCGUCUCGCGGCCGCCGGUCCUCGCGCGGGCGGGACGGGGCACACCGAGGGCGGCGCUGGAGGUGCCCCUGGCGGUCUUCAGGACGCUGCUGGCCCUGCUGAACGUCGCCGCGGGGUUCGCGGGCAUCACUCUGCGGCUCCUGGAGCUCGCAUGCGCGCGGGCGAUGGGCGAGAGGCCGCGACGGGACGUCGUGGCCGAGGCCAGGGUGAGGCAGGGGCGGUUCGAGGCGGAGAGGUUAAGAGUGGAGGGGGCGGAGGCGGGGAGGGAUCUGAUUGGGGAUAUUGUGAGGAAGUGGGACGAGAAGAAGAGGCCUUGA